AUGGCUGAGAAUACUGGGCCGCCGACAACCGACGCAGAAGUCAAUGACACUGAGGCGACUCAGGCGAGGAACCUGACCAUGGUUUCAACUGCCAGCGAAUUGACCCGUAUUCUCACCAGUGCUGGCAUCGUCCCCCAAAGCUACCUUCAACAGAACAACGAGGAGAAUGAUGAGGAAGAAGUGGAAGACUAUGUGGCCGUGGAUCAUGAGGACGCUCCGGAUUUCUCAUCUCUGUUCCGUCGACCGCAAGCGCGUCCGCGAACCCAGCUGGAUGAACUUCACCCCUUCGUUCAAGUCUUGUCUUUGUCGAAUGUAGAUGAUUGCGUUCGCGUUGAGGAAGCUUUUCCAGAGAAUGAGAGGUGUUCAAGGGAAAAGCUAUGCUAUCGCCUUACGAAAUGUCCGGAAUUGUCACUGGGCAUGUUCACCAUUCCCGUCCGUACUGAGGACAAUCCUAACCCUCGGCCACAACUGAUCGGCCACAUCAUUGCUACACGCACGUCCGCUCCUCUGGUUACAGAUGCAUCGAUGUCGUAUCCUCCUGAUUGGCGAACCAAACGUCGCAGUCUUGCGGAUGAGAAUGAGAAGGAGCCGCUGGGCCAUGAAGAUCAGGGUGGAACCAUUGCCGUCCACUCCCUUGCGGUUUUGCCUGAACAUCAGGGAAAGAAGGUUGGAUCGACCCUGAUGAAGGCAUAUAUCCAUCGGAUCAAGGAGGCGAACAUUGCAGAGCGGAUCGCGCUUAUUGCACAUGAUCAUCUGAUCCCAUUUUAUGAGAAGCUGGGAUUUGAGAACCGUGGGCCCAGCAAUUGCACUUUUGGCGGUGGUGGCUGGACCAACCUGCGUAGCGAUUUCUGCUCGGAUUAUUCUUGGCUUUGUCUCGGCUACUCCUGCCGCCCACAGUGCUCACCGCCUCGUGAAAAAUUGCCCGCACAAGCCUGUCGUCCCGCCUCGGGCUCCAAGACAAGAAUUGGGAAUUUUAUUUUUUUAAAUUUCAACCUCGACCAGCUCACCCAUCCCGUUCAACCCAACGGCGAGGCCGGACAUCCAGCAGGGUCGUCAUCGUCUGAGUUCCCUCUGCGUCCGUCGCCCAUCAUGAAGACGACCUGGAAAGAUAUCCAACCUGUGCCAACGAGCCAGGAAUUUAUCGAUAUCGUCCUCAGCCGGACUCAGAGGCAGCUGCCGACCCAGAUUCGAGCUGGAUUUAAAAUCAGUCGUAUAAGAGGUAACGUCUUCGCUUGUCCGAUUUUGUUCGAAGUUCGCGCAAAUGGGGUUACUGCCAUGCUUCGUCGAGAAUCUGUGCUAACGCAGAAUUUUUUUUAUUUUACAGCAUUCUACACGCGAAAAGUAAAAUACACCCAGGAGACCUUCUGUGAAAAGUUUCAGGCGAUCCUCGAUGGAUUCCCCCGAUUGCAGGAUAUUCAUCCUUUCCGUAAGCUUUCCUCCCUCCCGAUUGAGUGGUCCAUGACUGACCGGUGGUCGAUUUUAGACAAGGAUUUGAUGAACACCCUUUACGAUGCGGAUCAUUUCCGAAUCGCUCUUGGUCAGAUCUCGACUGCGAAGCAUCUCGUGGAAACUAUUUCCCGAGACUAUGUGCGCUUGAUCAAAUAUGCGCAAUCCCUGUUCCAAUGCAAGCAGCUCAAGCGCGCGGCUCUGGGUCGCAUGGCGACCAUUUGCAAACGUCUCAAAGACCCCCUUAUCUACCUCGAACAAGUGCGACAGCAUCUGGCCCGUCUGCCCUCGAUCGACCCGAACACUCGCACGCUGCUGAUCUGUGGAUACCCUAACGUUGGGAAGUCGAGUUUCUUGCGCAGUAUUACUCGUGCGGAUGUCGAGGUCCAGCCGUAUGCGUUCACCACUAAGAGUUUGUAUGUCGGUCACUUUGACUACAAGUACCUCCGCUUCCAGGCGAUUGACACUCCAGGAAUCCUGGACCACCCCUUGGAAGAGAUGAACACCAUCGAGAUGCAGUCCAUCACGGCGAUUGCGCAUCUCCGUUCUGCGAUCCUCUACUUCAUGGACCUGUCGGAGCAGUGCGGGUAUUCCGUGACGGACCAGAUCAAGCUGUUCCACAGCAUCAAGCCGCUGUUCGCCAACAAGCUCGUGUUCGUGGUCAUCAACAAGAUCGAUAUCAAGCGACCGGAGGAUCUGGACCCGGAGACUCAGGAGAUGCUCCAGUCACUCCUGAAACAAAGCAAUGUGGAGAUGCUCCAGCUCUCGUGUGCGACCUCCGAAGGAGUGACGGCCGUCAAGAAUGCCGCCUGCGACAAGUUGAUCGCCGAACGUGUCGCGCAGAAAUUGAAAUCUGGCACGAACAGCUCCGGUACACCUUCUGGACGGCUGGGUGAGGUCCUGGCAAGAAUCCACGUUGCUCAACCGGCUGGCGGGGUUCAGCGCGAGACUUUCAUUCCGGAGGCGGUCAAGACGAUGAAGAAGUAUGACAAGAAUGACCCUGACCGGAGGAAGCUGGAGCGCGAUAUUGAGGAGGAGAACGGUGGCCCGGGUGUCUACAGCGUCGACCUCAGGAAGAACUACCAACUGGCUAACGACGAGUGGAAGUAUGACAAGAUGCCUGAGGUGUGGAAUGGCAAGAAUGUCUAUGACUACGUGGACCCGGACAUCGAAUCGAAACUGGCUGCUUUGGAGGAGGAAGAAGAGAAGCUGGAAGCGGAAGGCUUCUAUGACUCGGAUGAGAGUGUCGAGGACGCCGAGGAUGCCGAUAUCCGCAUGAAGGCGGAGCUCAUCCGCGAGAAGCGCGCCCUGAUGCGCAACGAGGCCAAGCUGAGGAAGUCGCUGAAGAACCGGGCAGUCAUCCCGCGCAGCGCCAAGGCCAAGAAACUGUCGGAGAUGGAGUCGGCGCUGGACGAGGCCGGAUACGAUGCCAGCGCCGUGUCGGCGCGGGUGCAGAGCCAGCCUACUCGUGGCCGGACGUUGACGCGCGAUACGGUGGACGACGGCGACGCGAUGGACAUCGACUCGACGUCGAACCCGCACGAGGCGAUCGCGCGGGCCAAGAGCCGUGCUCGCAGCCAGGCGGCGACGAACCGUCUGACGGAUGGCGUGACGAACGAGACGGCGCGCACCAAGGCAGAGCGGCUGGCGAAGUUGUCACAGAAGAAGCUGAACCGGAUGGCACGACAGGGAGAAGCAGACCGGCAUAUUGUGGCGUCGCUUCCCAAGCAUUUGUACUCUGGAAAGCGUGGCAUCGGCAAGACACAGCGCCGUUGA